AAGCUUGUUUUUCCUCCAAGCUUAUGCUGAAAUUUCUUCAAAGACCAACUGGGGAAGUUCUCGAGAUGGGAAAAUAAACCAGCUUCAAGGACAAGGUGGAUGCAAACCUGUGGAGAUCAAGAACUAAUUUUGGCAAGAUCUAAUGCAUUUGAACGUCUGCAUGGACUACAAACUGUUUUUUUCCAGAAGUUUCAGAAAGAUCUAAUACAUUUGAACUUCUGCAAGAAUUACAAACUAUAUUUUUCCAGAAAUUUCAGCAAGUUACAAUACUUCAUUAAAACUUCUCUUGCUAGGACCACAAACCAUUUUUGACAUUUUGGCAAGUUCUAACACAUUUGAACGUCUUCAUGGACUACAAACUGUUUUUUUUUUUCCAGAAAUUUCAGAAAGAUCUAAUACAUUUGAGCUUCUGCAAGGAUUGUUUUUGACCAGAACAUUUGUCAAGUUCUAAUACGAUUCAACUUCUGCAAGGAUUAAAAACCAUUUUUGACCAGAAAUUUUGGCAAGAUCUGAUGCAUCUGAACUCCUGCAAGAAUUACAAACUAUAUGACUAUACAAGCCAUUUUUGAAAUUUCUUCAAGAUCUAAGACAUCUAAUCUUCUCCUCCAAGAACUACGAACCGUUUCAGACCAGAAAUGGAAACCUCAAAACCUUUGGGAAUGUUUUACGACAACGUUUCGAUUCUAGAUCUGGACAGCACUGCGAUAAACAACGUCUACAUCCGGGAGGACUUCGAUGCUUUCAGCGUCACCGUGGCCGUCCUGUACCUGGCCGUGUGCAUUGUGGGAUUGGCCGGGAACUCGCUGGUCAUUGUCACCAUUCUGAAACUGGACAAAAUGUCUUCGGCGACCACCGUCUACAUUUUCAACUUGGCUUUGGCGGAUGGCCUCUUCAUGGUGGGACUCCCGUUCAUCGCCAUCCAAAACUUCCAGGACCAGUGGAUCUUCGGAGAUGCUGUUUGUAAGCUGGUUAUGGUUCUGGAUGGCAUCAAUCAGUUCACAAGCGUGUUCUGCUUAACGGUGAUGAGCGUUGAUCGCUAUAUGGCUCUGGUAGACCCGCUGCGGUUUGCUCGCUGGCGGACGCCGCGACGGGCGAAGAUCAUCGCCACAUUAAUGUGGUUUAUCUCUCUGUUUCCAGUGCUUCCGAUGGCUAUUAACUUUUCUGCCACCUAUGGUUUGUGCACCGUUGACCCUCAUGUUGCAUCUGACUCCUGGUGGUUGGCCUUUCUUAGCUACACAUUCGUACUGGGCUUCGCCUUGCCGUUCACCAUAAUGAUCGUGUUUUACACCGCACUUCUAGUGACUCUGAGAAACUCCAGACAGCCAGCGUCUUCAAUGGAAAGUCACAGGUUUGAGAAACAGGUUACUAAGAUGGUGGUGGCGGUUGUUUCGGUGUUUGGCAUCUGCUGGCUGCCGUUCUACGUCUUCAACUUUUGCUCUCUGUACCUAAUAGACCCGACGCUCGAUUUCACGCGUGGCUUUGAGUUUGUGGUGCUGCUGUCGUACUCGUGGAGCUGCGCCAAUCCAAUACUGUAUGCAUGUUUGUCGGAAACCUUUCGAAGGCAUUUCCACGCCCUCCUUUGCCCUCAGAAAAGCUCACGGACACACUGUGACAGAGACACCGAGGGCUUUGUUUUGCAUGACACCAACGUACAAAGCAUGUAAACAAAUGUGUGUGUCUUUGUUUUAAAUAUUUAGAAGGGUUUGUGUUGCAGUGCAUAAACAGACAAUCUUUGCUUCUGUGCAAUGGAGAAAAAGACAUGAGCAGACUGAGACGUGAUAAGUGGCGAGUGAAAGUGGAUAACUCACACUGUGCUGCAGCAAUGUUAUUUCACCACAAACGCAAAGUUGCUUGGUUUCCAUGCAAAGGAAGGGCCGUGUUGUAAGGAUGAUUAUGCAAUUUCUGCCCUCCUGUACAAGUGCUGUCAAACUGAUUGUGGACUUCGGGAUGAUGUCAUGGUUGUCAUGGCAUCCAGCUUGGACCAAAUAUUUGAGGAUUUUUGUGUGACUGUUACUGAAUGACACAUGAAAAAGGAUUGUGGCUGGGAAAUAGUUGAUAAAUAUGAUGUUAAUGGCCAGCAUUAUUUUAAAUAACCAUGUGUUAUU